AGGAAAGAGCAAGCCAUUCAUUCCAGCUGCAUUAGUUGAGCUAGUGUCCUCAGUUUACUACAGUAAAAUAUGGCUAGCACAAGAGCGUUUGUUUCCCUUUCUGUGGCCCUGCUACUUAUUGCUUCUCCUCUUUGCUGCAUGGCCGAUUUCAUACUUUACUCUGGGGAAUCCCUCAGGUCCGGCCAAGCCUUAUCCCCAACAUACUAUGCUAGCUACACUUUCAUUAUGCAGUCUGACUGCAACCUGGUCGAGUAUGAUAAUGGCAACGCAAUCUGGGCUUCCGGCACUAACGGCCGAGGCAGCAGCUGCUACGUCACUCUGCAGAGUGAUGGUAACCUGGUCAUUUAUGACAAUAACAACAAUGCUGUGUGGGCAAGCAACACCAACGUGGGACAAGGCAACUACGUCCUCAUCCUCCAGAAAGAUCGCAAUGUCGUCAUCUAUGGUGGUGCACUUUGGGCAACCAACACUAACACUGUUGGCGUCUCUCGUGGUAUGUUCAUCCAAAGUAAGGCCACCAUCUUUGGUUCUUUGCCUGCUAACGAAACUACUGCAGAAGCCAAGGCUGCACGCAUUUCCAUGGUCGUCAACAAGUGAUGCUGAAGCUCAGUGAACAAUAUAAUAAGCGCAUGCAUCCAUCGUGAUAUCUAUGUUGUUCAUGCAUGCAUGUGCGAGUU